ACACACUUCCCCCCUCUGCUAGCGAGCGCCGAGGGUUUGCCGUCAGGUUCCAUUCCGGGAGCGCGGAAGUGGCUGUGGUGCCGCCGCCGCCGUCGCCCAGAGAAGCCAACCGCCUUUUCUACACAAAAAGCCGAAACUUCGGGCGCUAUGGAUGCGCGGCAAGGGCGACAAAACCACGCAGCCCUAACGCUCGCCCAAGCUCACUUCCAGAAGGGCGAAUACGCGGAAGCCGAGGAGCUGUACUCCGCUUACAUUGGCCAGUGCGCCUGUGCGGGCUCCGCGGGCGAGGCGCCCGGGAGCAAAUGCAGCCCCGAGGAUUUGGCUACUGCAUAUAACAACAGGGGGCAAAUCAAGUACUUCAGGGUUGAUUUUUAUGAAGCCAUGGAUGACUACACAUCUGCCAUAGAAGUCCAACCCACUUUUGAAGUUCCAUAUUACAACAGAGGGUUGAUAUUGUAUAGGCUGGGCUACUUUGAUGAUGCUUUGGAAGAUUUUAAGAAGGUACUAAACUUAAAUCCUGAAUUUCAAGAUGCUACACUGAGCUUAAGACAGACUAUUUUAGACAAAGAAGAAAAACAGAAGAAGAAAUUAUUGAAAUAAAAUUGACUCAUGAUCCUUUUAAUACUUGACAUCUCAUUGCUUAUAACGUAAAAUAGGUGUUAAGCAAUUUUUUUUGUUUGUUCAGCUAUUUUGAUUUAUAUUUGAGAUAAAGAUACUCAUGCAUUAGCACUGAGAGUUAAAUGAUAUAUUUAAAGUAGUUAAUUUCAGAUUGAGUAUGUUGAAUAAGUAUGCUUUUCAUAAAAUGUAAAUAAUAUCAAUGCAUAGUUGUAUGUUAUUACAAUAAAAUAUUUAAAGAAAUAUGUGGCAUUUUCUUCAGUAAAGCUCUAUUUUUUAUUUUCAUUUUCAAUUUUUUAUUUUAAAAAAUUUGAUUUCUGGACUGAGCCACCCAGGUACUCCUUUUCUUGGCUUCUAUUCUCUUUCCUUAAUUUUGACUAGGGUCAGAUGUAAUAUUAAAAAAACAAAAAACAAAAAACACCACCAAAAAACAACUCCAUAAAACAAUUUAUUUGGUUUCUUGGAUUCAAUGAUUUUUCAUCCUUUAUAAGAAAAAGAUAAAAUCACUGAAGGUCAGAAUCAACACUUGGUGAUUAGAACCCAGAUACUUAUUUUUCUCUUGUCUUUACUGGAGAUAACUGAAGAAUAAUCUAUUUUUAUCACUGGGUCAAAGCUGUAAGCAUGACGCAGAUUCUAAAUUUCUCUUUUAUUAAAUAAGCUUUGCUGUGUGCCUUAAAGAUACUCUUUUAUGUGUGCUAUUGCUCAGAUUUUUCCCAUUUUAGUAGUUCUACUAAAAGUACCCCAACUAUGUCGUCUUCCAGCUUUUCUGUCUGCAAAAACAAGGCAGAAAACUGUGGUUUGUUACAAAGUAAGGUAAGAGAAUAAAUGGACGUAUGUUACUUUUGAGCUUAGAAGAUUAAUGCUAAUUGAAAGCCUGGAGCUAUUUAUGUUUUUUUCUGAAAUCUAGGACUGAAUGAAGCCAACAGACUAGCUUUAUGAUAGCAAACCACUCUGCUGGUGGAACAGGAGCUUUUGGUCUUUAUCUCUUUGCAGUCUCCUGGAUCUUCUCUGGUUUUUCUUUCACAGGCUUCUCUGACGUCCCCCCACUCACUGCUUAGUCUUGUGCCCCCAUCAGUUUGCACGUCCUUAGUAAGCCUUUCUUGGGAUGUGGCAGAUGCAAACCUGCCUUCAGGGCAAAUCAAUUUGGCAUUUAAGGUGGAUUUUAGUAUAAUCUCUGCCAAAUCUAAUCCCCUUUAAAAUUUUAACUCAGAGUUUCUAAACCUCUCUCUUGCCUAAAAACCUUAUACUGAACCAAUACCAAUACCGAAGAGCUUACAGACAGAAUGGAGAGUGCUGAAGGUUCGUCUCAUCCACGCCAACUCGUGUUGGGUCACUGGGAGGAUAUGGCUCUGCCUGAAGCUGUGACACCGAAAUUUCACUUCCAACAUAUUUAUUUACUGUAUUUGAAUGAAGAGGUUGCUGUUUAUAAGAAUUGUUGACAAACACGUGGUAUAACUUUUCAAGAUCCUAGUGAAAAGUGAACUGAACAAUCACUACAUGAGCUAAGUGUGGUAUUAUAAUAGCUUCCUGAUAAAUUCAUGUUUUGGUGUUUUCUACAUUUCUCAAAAAUGGGACAAAUUAUUGGAAAGCGAUUCCAGCUUAAAUGGCAUCUGGUCAGAGAGAGAUCUUUUAAAUUUCACAUCUAAUGUUAGGGGACUUAAAAAAACAAAACAUUGUUAUAUUCUUUAUAAAAAAGGAAAAAAGGUGAGAAAUACAUUUUUUUUUGAGAAGUAAAACAAUUGACAAGAUUUAAAAACAUAGUUUAUUAUCUCAAAAUCACAUGAUAAUGAAAGAAUACAUCCAUGUAGCAAAAAGACAAAUGAUUUAAAAACCCACAAGGGAAGCCCCAAAAGCAAAAAUUAUGACCUGUGAAUGUACACAAAUGGUGAGCGAAGAGCACAGCAGGGCACUCCCAGGGCUGUGUCCGCCAGCGUAUAAUCUCACAGGAACGCUGUGAAGAAGUCUUAUUUUUUGAGGAGGGUGAGGCUGAGGCUAAGAAAUUCAGUAACUUGCCCAAGGUUAUGUUCCAAAAUCUAUGAAAACAUUCAAAACUGCAGUUAGUAUCAAUUGAUUUUUGUUGCUGGCAUCAACUCAAAGCAGACACAAGAACUCUUUCUUUGAUCCUGGGACAAAAUUUAAAUUGCUCAUAAGUUGUCUUAGCAUCCAUCAAGGUGAGUAGCAAAACAAUAUUAAGAUUGGUUUUUACAGUCAAACAUUAUUGCAGUUCUAAAAUUGCUUGUUGGUAAUUUUCUUUCCUGAUUGAAAACAGGCACAGAAGAUGGUGAAAAGCAGAUUAAUACUAAGAGCAAACUCCAUUUGGAAAUUGGAAAGCCACAGCUGCAAUAUGUAAAUUCUUAUCUUAUUUUAAGAAAAAGUAUCCAUCUAUAAAUAAGGCAAAAAGGAAGAUUGUGUCUUACAGAUGCAUUGCUGGUUAUCAGGUAUGGGGUGGACAAGUGUUUGAUCCCUUAUUUCUCAGUUGAUCUUGAAAAAGGGCCUGAUGUGUACUUGUGUUUAUUUUUAUUUAAACAGCUCACUGUUCUAGUUUAGAGGAAGAAAGUCCUCUAAAAGACAAAGUGAAUUCAGCAGGGACUUUAUGUUUUAACACAGCUCUGUAACAGGUACCUGUUCCGAGUUGAAUUGUGUCCCCCCAAAAGAUACGUUGGAAGUCUUUUUUUUUUAAAGAUUUAUUUAUUUAUUUAUGUAGACAGAGAGGGAGAGAGAGAGAGAGAGAGAGAGAGGCAGAGACACAGGAGGAGGGAGAAGCAGGCUCCAUGCCGGGAGCCCGAUGCAGGACUCGAUCCUGGGACUCCAGGAUCACGCACUCAACCGCUGAGCCACCCAGGGAUCCCCCUACGUUGGAAGUCUUAACCAUCAGUAUCUCAGAAUCGGGAUGCUAUUUGGGAAGGGAGCGCUUGCAAUGUAACUAGUUAAGGUGAGAUCAUAUUGGAGCCUGAUGUCUUCUGAAGAAGGAAACUUGGAUUCAGACGCAGGAGAGAGCCAUGUGAAUAUGGAAGCAGAGACUGCAGGCCUGCAGCCAUGUGCCAAGGACCACCUGGGGCCACCAGAGGCUGGAGGAGGGCCCGGAAAGGUCCUAUCCUAGCACCUCUGGAGGGAGCAUGGCCCUGCUGGCACCUCCAUUUCAGACUUGCAGAGUCUCCAGAACUGGGAGAGAACACGUUUCUGCUGUUACCAGCUCCCCAGUUUGUGGCGCUUUGUCACAGCAGCGCUGGGAAUCUAAGCACCUAGUAAAUAUCAGUUCAAUUUCCAGACGACAGGUGUUUUACACGUGUGCCGUCAUGUCCUUGCACCCACAAAUGCCGCCUGCGAAAGGAGGAGCAAACACCUGGUCAGAAUGAGCCUGCAAACUAAAGAUUUCCAAAGGGGCCUUAUCUCCCUUCCUCCUGACCAGAUCAGGAGCGGGGCUCAGGACCAAACACCCUGCACAACAUACCGGUUUGUCCUUGGCUGUCUGCUCAAUUCAUAACCACCCCAUGUGCCUUCAAGGACUCAACUCUUGGAGGCCAGAGGCUCCUCUGGCUCGAGACUGAAAAGAAAAGUGGGAGUCCUCUCAGGCUGCCAAGCAACAAGCCAUUGCAGCAAGCCAGGUGAGACGCCAUCCAAGUUGGCUGCACCGCCAGGACUGGGAGCUGUCAGUGGGGCUCGCAGGACAAUCAUCGUUUCCAUUAUGAAGCCCAGCUGUCAGUAGACAUAUUGGAACUGGAGCCACCUCUUGCGUGGGGAGGAGAUGAGGCGGCGAAGGGAGUGAGGCACUUGCACGUGGAGCCCAAGCCUGCAUCCGUGGCGGAUGCCAGCAUGUGACAAUGGCCUUUGGCGUGGUCAUCUCUACCCUCGUCAUCCUCCUUCCACCUUCCUGUCUCUGCUCACCAGUGUUCUCUCCCAGAACACCCUCUUUCCCUCAUUUAUUCAAGCCCUGGCCCUUCUUGAAGCUUCAACUACCAUUAACCCUUCCCUGCCAAUAUCAGCCCAGACUUGUGUCCUCAUUCUCCAGUUUUUCGUUACGGUCUAGAUGGAGCACGUUUUACCACUGAAUGUGGUCCGCAGACCAGCAGUGUUGGCAUCAGAUGGGUCUGUAUCUCAGAGUGUAUUUCACCGGCCCCCGCAGAAGACUCCAGAAACACUAGAGCACUGACCUCCAGGAACACUUGUCGAAAUCAUUCAGCUCAGCAUCUACUUAUGCUCUUCAUUUCCUGGAUGUUUAUCCCUCCGCCCUCAAGCUGGGGACCCUGAGGACAGGAUCUGCAUUUGUAUGUGUCUCCCUGGCACUUGGGGUGACUGAUCAGUGUAUCCUCCCCCAACCAUCCGUUCUAUUUGUUCUAUAUUUGUUCUAUUGGAGUAGUGGAGGAGGAACGGAGGAAAGGACAAAAGCCGAGAGACUCCCCUUGGCUCUCCUGAGUCUCUCCAGGACUUGAGUUUUUUCGGGGAGGGUGGGUGGUAUGUUUCUUCUCUCAAAUUGGAGAUCACAUCGGUACCAUGGAAUUUGGCAUAGCGGAUAACAUUGAGUUAUCACGCCUCGAUCCAGGAUUCCGUCUGCAAUAGUUUUAUGUGGGGUUUCCUCCCUAGAAAAAGCCAUUGCUGUUGAGCCAAUAAAGCAAUGCUGGCUAACCGUU